AUGCACCAACGCUUAUUGAAAACAGGUACUACCAUUGCUGGCGUCUGUGGUGCAGAUUUUUGCGUCCUCGGAGCCGAUACCCGUGCCACGAACGAUCGGUUGGUGGCUGACAAGGCCUGUGCCAAAAUUCACAAACUAGCAGCGAACGUAUACGCCUGCGGAGCCGGGACGUCGGCCGAUUUGGAACACGUAACCAGACAAGUCUACUACACGACUCUUUUGCAGUCUCGCCAAGACGAGGCAAUAGGAAACGCAGCAUCCGUCGAUGGCGCGCUUGCGUCUUCUUCUAACAUUUUGUACGACCAAGGUGGUUCUUGUCAAGCCACUUUAAUUGUUGGUGGCGUGUACAAGUCAAAAGCAAUGUUACGGGCUAUACAUCCGCACGGAUCUCAGGAUGCCCUCGCCUUCACGGCAUUGGGAAGUGGAGGUAUGGCGGCCAUGGGAGUCCUCGAAUCGUCCUACCGACACGAUUUAACUCUGGAGGAAGCAAUUGAAUUGGUGACUAGGGCGAUUACGGCAGGAAUUGUCAACGAUCUUGGUAGUGGCUCACAAGUUGACCUAUGCAUCAUAACGGCCGAAGGCACAGACUAUCGACGU